UUAAUAGAACUCAAGGAGCCUGUGGGACAAAUAGUAUGUACGGAUAAAGGUAUUCUUGCAGUAGAACAGAAUAAGGUUCUUAUCCCACCAACCUGGAACAAACUUUCGCUGGGGGCUACGCAGACCCAGCUGCAGACUGGAACCUAUGAAUCAGACAAGGCAGUGACUGUUUAUGAAUGUUUGUCGGAGUGGGGCCAGAUUCUCUGUGCAAUUUGCCCCAACCCCAAGCUGGUCAUCACAGGUGGAACAAGCACAGUUGUGUGUGUGUGGGAGAUGGGCACCUCGAAAGAAAAGGCAAAGAUCCUCACGCUCAAGCAGGCCUUACUUGGCCACACUGAUACUGUCACCUGUGCCACAGCAUCACUAGCCUAUCAUAUAAUUGUCAGUGGGUCCCGCGACCGGACAUGCAUCAUUUGGGAUUUGAACAAACUGUCAUUUCUAACCCAGCUACGAGGCCAUCGAGCUCCAGUUUCUACUCUUUGUAUCAAUGAAUUAACAGGGGACAUUGUGUCUUGUGCUGGCACAUACAUCCAUGUGUGGAGCAUUAAUGGGAACCCUAUCAUGAGUGUAAACACGUUCACAGGUUGGAGCCAGCAGAUCGUCUGCUGCUGCGUGUCAGAGAUGAAUGAAUGGGACACACAGAACGUCAUAGUGACAGGACACUCGAAUGGAGAGGUUCGGUUUUGGAGAAUGGAAUUUCUGCAAGUUCCUGAAACACCAGCUCCUGAACCUGAGGAAGUCCUAGAAAUGCAGGAAGACUGUCCAGAAGCACAAAUAGGGCAGGAAGCCCAAGAUGAGGAGAGCAGUGAUUCAGAAGCAGAUGAACAGAGCAUCAGCCAGGAACCUAAGGACACUCCCAGCCAGCCCAGCAGCACCAGCCACAGGCCUCGGGCAGCCUCCUGCAGAGCAACAGCCACCUGGUGCAAUGACAGUGGCUCUGAUGACUCCAGGCGCUGGUCUGACCAGCUCAGUCUAGAUGAGAAAGAUGGCUUCAUCUUUGUCAACUAUUCAGAGGGCCAGACGAGAGCCCAUGUACAGGGCCCCAUUAGCCACCCCCACCCCAAUCCUAUGGAAGCACGAAAUUACAACAGAUUGAAACCUGGGUACCGGUGGGAGCGGCAGCUGGUAUUCAGGCAUAAGUUCACUAUGCACACAGCCUUCCUUCGAAGGGACAACACACACCCAGCUGAAGUCACCGCACUGGGCAUCUCCAAGGACCACAGCAGGAUCCUCGUUGGUGAUAGUCGAGGCCGAGUCUUCAGCUGGUCGGUGAGUGACCAGCCAGGCCGCUCUGCUGCUGACCACUGGGUGAAGGACGAAGGCAGUGACAGCUGUUCCAACUGCUCUGUGCGGUUUUCUCUCACAGAAAGACGACACCAUUGCAGGAACUGUGGACAGCUCUUCUGCCAGAAGUGCAGUCGAUUUCAGUCAGAAAUCAAACGCUUGAAAAUCUCAUCCCCGGUGCGUGUUUGUCAAAACUGUUACUAUAACUUACAGCAUGAGAGGGGUUCCGAAGAGGGGCCUCAAAAUUGUUGAAGACUGAACAAGCUGAUUAGAGACCACAGACCCCUCUCAGAUUCCCUGUCACAGCUCGGAAGGCAUCGGAAACAGUCUCCGUUUACACAUCUCUUCAUACCACACGGUUGAAGUGUUGAAUUCAAAGGGAUCAUUGAAUAAACGGGUGUAGCGUACAGUACCGGGGCAGACACUAUUCAGGUGAACAGCACAAGAAGAAUACGAGGUGGUUCCUAGGAGUGACAUUUUCAAUAUCCAGUUCUCCCUGAUAACAGUAGCUGUCUCCAAGAGAAAAUCCUCACUUAAUAACUGUCUUUCCUGCAUCUCAUUUUUAUAGAGCUAUUCAUCCUUAUUUGGAAAAACCAACAGAAACAAAAAAGGCUUUUAGAAAAUGGUUGUAAAUCUGACUCCUUUGCAAGUAACUGUGUAUAUUGUAAAUAGGUAUAAAGGCCUUUUUUUCUAAAUAAGGACCUAACUGCCUGUAACAUGAGACUUCAAACUAAACCACUAACUCAAAGAACUACUUAUGGUUUGUCUAACAUCUCUCACUUACCAACUGAUUAUAAAUGUUUUUUAAAAUCCUCAAAGACAUUAUCUGUGGUCUUUUUCUUUUCAAACCCAGCCUGUGUGCCUGAUGUUAUUUCUUUCAAGUUGCCCACAGUAUCUCCACUUAAACUAGGCUAAUAACCAAAAUAAUGUGGACCUUCUUUAGGAAACAGUGUGGGAGAAUAGAAGUUCAACCAUGAGAUAACCUGGAAAUUUUAGGGCGUCUUGUACCUGGCUAUGCACCACCUCAGUGUUGUUCUUAUGUAACAAGGCCCCUUAAACUUAUGUGUGGACAGCUGUCUGGUCAAGGCAUAUAUUCUUAGUGUUGCAUAAAGGUGGUCAGGUGACUGAUAUAGUGCAGGAAGCAGCCCUGCCUCAAUUAAUGGAAAUAUAUUUGCAUGUAACCCCAAAUUAGCUUUCUUGCAUAGAACAUAAUAAGAAUGUGUCUUUGGUGAUACUAAUGUUCUACUAUAGCAUAUUUUCAAAAAAAAAAAAAAAAAGGGUUAAAAAAAAAGAAAAAAGUGUACAGAAUUAACAUUUAAACCUUGUUGUAAAACUGGAUCAUGUCAGAACUGCUUAAAAUUAACCUUUACCAUUUAAUGCCAUCUACCUGAAAACGGUGAGAUUUAUACUGUAUCAAUGUCUAUUUUUUUGUUUUUGCUAUGAAUAUAAUUACAGUAUUUUAAUAUUUAGUUAUUUAAUUUGUUCUACUAGUUGGAUACAGAACACACAAAUCCAGGGGGGUUAAAGCUGGAGGGGGCUAAGAGAUAAGUUUAGUUUACAGAAAAGAAAGGUUUUGGUGGUGGGAUUUUUUAAAAUGUGUGUUAUGUACAUAAAUAUAAAUAUAUAUAUAAAUCAAAUGAAACAAUUAAUCUAGAUUUUAACAUUUUCAGAUACUUAGUGAUAAUAUUAUGAACAAUUCUAAAAGCCCUGUGAUUUGAAAAAUGUAGGAUCAUUAAUGACCCAAAAAAGGAAGGACAGGCCUUCACACCCUCACAGAGUCAUCAUACAAAGGACAGUGGCUUUGGCUUUCCCAACUUUCCAUCUUUAGGCCCUGGUAACAGGCACACGUAUGCACUAAAAUGCACAUAUAUGUACAUGCAUUCAAACUAGGCAUUUGGUACAACAGUGAUCUUGUACCUAAUGGGCUGAAACCAGCUUAAGAACAGAUUUGUUCUUCCUGAUAACUAGGUCUCCAAGAGAAAUAGAAAGGCUGCUUUAGUGCCUUAUGCUACUAAAUUAAGUCUUAUUUACCUAGGUUUGAGCCUACAGUCUACUUAUGAUUACAUAUCAGAGCUGAUUAAAACACUUCCAUUUCUAAAAGUUCAGAUACACUUGUUAAUAAAAGGAUUAUUGGCAUUAAUAAUUUCACUUGAAGAAAGUCGUGUUCUGUUUUCCUUUCUGUGUCUCACUCCUCGCCCUCCCAUCUCCAUCUGACUCCCAUCCUAGCAAGCGAUGCUGACGUUCACCAGUUGCAGAAACACUGUGCUGUCACACAGUGGCGGGCGGCCGUCUGCCCUCUGGAUGCGUUGUAGCAGUGUUAUUCUACACUUUUUGAAAGAAGCGCCCUCCUUUUGUCCACAAACCAUGUUUACCCCAUAUCCAAUGGCAGAGGUGUUCCUUAAAGACUUGAAUAUAGGAAUGUGUGUGUGUGUAGUCACUUAAAGGUUAUUUCUAUAUGUAAUCUGAAGUUAUAUGGGAUGAACACUUUGAAACUUUCCAACACAACUUCCAUAACUAGAAGGUGGAAACCAAAACCCUCAUGAUAGUAUUUCCUCUGGCAGCUGGUGCUGUGGGCAACUGUUUUGUUCAAUCUAGUUUAUUUUCCAUUUGCUUCUGAGGCAGAAAUCAUAGAAUCACUCACACAUACAAGUACACUCAUGCACAUAAACUAAUUGUUUCUCUGGGUAUCUUCUGUGUUUUGUGUAAGUUUGUUUACCAACACAUAUUCUCGAUGUGUACAUCCACCUUUGUGUGGUCUGCAUCCUUUCUCUGCGAGUACCUCACAGGGCUCCUGCCUGAUCUUUGUAGUUUAUUUGUUCGUCCAUCCUUCCCAUCCACCCACUUACUCGUCCAUGUACUCUAACAUUUGUGUGUAGUGUGCAAGUGUAAUGUCAUGCUUUUUGCAGAAGAGAACAGCUGCCCAUAGCAGCCAUCCGUCUGGAUAAUAGCAAAACACUCUAGAUAAGUUAUUUUGCACUUUCUUAUGUAUAAAGUUGGUAGAAACUUAUUUUUGCUUUGUAUCAUUUAAUACAUUUUGUUUUGGUAAAUGAACUGUGUAUAAAAUAUUUAUGCUGUUAAAACUGUUUUUAGAAAGUAUUUUUAAUUUCAGCAAGUUUGGUUACUUGUUGCAUGACUAUUAACACAGCUGACUUUUUGUGUCAGUGCAAUGUAUAUUUUUUGUCCUGUUAUUAACUUGUAAGCCCUAGUAAUGGCCAACUAUUUGUACAGCAACAGAAGUAAAUUGAAGAUACUGGCUAAGACUGGAUUGAUUGUGGACUUUUGUACUAUAUUGCAGAAUCCAAUAUCUGUUUUUUUGGUGGUUAUGUAAAAGGCCUGAAGAAUUCUAUCUAGUGUGCAAUCUGUGAUAUCUGAAUGUUCAUUGUAUAUCUGUCUCUGAUACAAAAAGGUAGAGUAACACAAUUACAAUACAUGAUUAAAUGCAAUAGUCCAGGUACUUAAGUAUUUUUUUUUCAUUUCAAAUAAAUACCUACUAUUUACCACAAACAAAAAAUUA